GUCAUCCACCCGGUUCGCCGCCGUUCACAUGCUGCUGCUGGAGCCGCCGCCGCCGCCGCCGGUGGCCAGCGGUGCUGCCGGCUCCGGGGCCCUGGACGCGGUAGUAGUAGCAGGCGUGGGUACUGGCAAGGUUGAGGGGGUCGAGGAGGACGAGGGCCCGGAAGCGGCUCUGGAGCUGCUGCGCUGGGACGGCUCGGGCCGCCAGCAGCUCGUGUCCCUGCGCCGCACCCCGCCACCAGCGCCGCCGCCGCCGCCGUCACCUGCAUCUAAAGUCACAGCAGCGGCGGCGGCAGCAGCAAACGGGCGGGUGGAUGUCUCGUCGUCCUCUUUUGCGCGGCUCAGCGGCGGCGGCGCACUGCUGCAGCCGGCUCUGGACCGUCAGUCAACCUCUACCCUGCCGCUGCGGCUGUUGUCUCGCCCUUGGCCGCCCUGUCCUGGCCGGGGCAUGGGUCGGUCGGGGCGGCAGGGCACAGCGCUGCAAGUGUGUUUUUGGCGGCAGCGGCUGUAGCAGCUAGCGGGAGGGCGGCUGCGGCGGCGCCAGCGGCGACGCCGAGCGGCAGCCUCUGCAGCCUUGUGCUGCGGGUGAGUGAGGUGCUGGCAAGGGAGGCUGCGGCGGCGGCGGCGGCGGGUGGGAAUCUCGCUCUGGCGCACCCGCAGCACCCGCAGCAUGGACGGCACCGCCCGCUGCACCGCCACCUGGCAUGCGGCGUGUGCUGGGUGCACUGGCCCGAGUCUUCGGCGGCGCCGGCGGCGGCGGCGCCUGCAGGCUCGGCGGUUGGUGCGAGCCGCGUCAGCAGCAGUGUCAGUGACACUGGCGGCGGCGGCGGUGGUGGGGCCGAGGGAUGCAGGGUGCCUCGCAAGGCUUCGGGGUCUGGGCGCUGGGGCUGGUCGGUGCUCAGUGUACACAGGCACGCGGCGGCGGCGGCGGCGGGGGCGGCGGCGCGCAUGCGCCGUCGGCGGCUGGCGGGUGGCUUAGGCGCUGCCGCGGCCGCUGCUGCCGGGCCGUUCGAGUUCGGGGAGGACCCGAGUGGUGGCGGCGGUGCCGCCGUCAGCGGACCGACUGACACCAGCUCCUAUCAAUGGCGCAUUGGGCCCGACGUCUGUGUGCCUGAUGGCUGUGGGCCGCGUGGGUGUGGGCCAGGUGGCAGCAGCAAGGCGAUAGCGGUGCCCCCGUACAGAGUCCCACCAUGUAGCCCCACUGUCACGCUAAUACCGCAGCUGGUGAAAUCAAUCGGGGAUUGCCAUGGGUUCACCAGCACUCGGGGCAGCAGAACACCCACACCAAGUGCUGGGCUGGUCCUGAGGGCGGGUUCCAGACGUGACUCCAUACCUCACCCCGCUACCCUCUUGUGGUAUCCGGAAUUUAGUGCAACAACUCUCUUGUAAGGACAUGUGUCAUUGGUGUGCAAUGCCAAGGGCGAACAGCGGACAGAGGCCAAGCAUGCGCGUGGCCGGCGACGGGCUGUCUGGCUACCAAGUGAACUGUCAGCCAAUCAUCAUCAUCAUCAUCAGCCAAUCGCGCCAUUUGGCUGCUAAAUUGACGUCAGGUUGCCUACUCGAUGCAGUGAGAGGUGGCGCUGUAGCAAGUGGCCGACUGAUAUUGACCAACUUUCAACAGAGCGGUGCGAGACCCGUGUGUGGUGGUAUGGUGCGUUGGUGAUGUGCAAGGACCGACACGUGGAUGACUUAUCCAAUUGCCGCAAGCCGAUACACAAGCAGCAUUCUUCUCGUUGUAUGCGUGUUGUUAAACUGUGUGUGAGGCGUGACAUUAUUAGCGCUCGGUGUUCGGAUGAUGCAAAGUUUGGAGAUGUGCGGGAGAACUGGUGCAGAAGGUGGAAUGACAGCAUGACGCAGUUGCCCAUGGCAGCAAUUGUCGGCGUCGGGACUGUUGCCUGGGUGACACCGCAAGCACCAUUGGAUACCAUGAAUGCGACAUUACAAGAAGGGACAGUCCGACCAAGCAAGGUGCCCAGCACCCAGGCCAAGAGAGAGGUGGUCCAAUACCUCUGGUCCUCUGCCACGUCAUCUCGCCCCACAUCCCAGCCGUGGGUGUGCGAUGGGACAGUGUCAAGGCAGGUUGGUGAAGUCCCGCAGGGUGCAGCUAAUUCCCAGACCCCAGAAGAUGGCAAACAAUUUGCAACGGCAGGGCAGGAGUGCACGGCUGGUCGAACGCCGGAGUUACUGUACAUCCCAGCCGUGGGGCUUGUUCGCGACCGCGUGAAUGGUGGUUGCAACCGCAAGCGGGAGGCUCGCCCUUGGUGGGGAGACGUGGCAUUGCGUGUGCACAGAGGGCGCGUGCUGUCACCUCAACCAGUAGAUGCAGCCAGUACGGCGAGAGCACGCAAGUGUGGUUUGGGUAUGCGUGUGCAUGUGCGCGAUAGGGGUGCAGGCUGCGGCGCGGGGUCGGCCAACCCGGCAAUUAGUGACUGAUGAGCGCCUUGAAGGGUUAGUCCAGUGAGUACGCACAGAGGGGACGAGCUGUCAGUGCUACUAACCACUGGACGCAGCGCUGGCGGGUUGUGUGUGCGUGUGUGCUAGGGGCGCUGGGUGCAGCGAUGUGCAAUGUGACAGGCCGUGGUCAAUGGGAAGCGUCGCGCUGUCUUUGCUACUGAGCAUGGAACGCAGCACUGGCGGGUUGUGUGUGCGUGUGUGCUAGGGGCGCUGGGUGCAGUGCGUGCGAGCGUGACAGGCCGUGAUGGGAAGGCGCGGCGGGCGUGUGCGUAGUGGGGGCGGGAGUGCUGUCACUGGUACUGACCGUUGAACGCAGCACCGGCGGGUUGUGCGCGCGUGUGUGCUAGGGUCACCACAGUCAAUAGUCCAUGGACGCGCGAGGUCGCUUGUCGCUCCGGCCGAGUUUUAAUU